AAUAUUGUUCCCAUCAGGCUUAAGCUGUCCACAAGUGACAGCUGAUAGUCGAAACGAAUGACACUCGCGCCGAACAAGCCUACGCAGUUGGCCAACGACGGACUCACUCUAUCGACUCUGGUAUGUUCGGAAAUUUUAUAACGUGAUCUAAUCUCUAUUUAGCUGGGUCUAGAAUCUUGCUUUAAGCGGAAUCGAGUCACGAGAAUCCUUCUUGAACUGUGCCUUUGAAUUUUAAUCUAGCUAUUAGAAAUACAGACGAGGGGGAAAAAAUGAAGGCUCUUUUAAUUAAGCAUAACAGCAUAUGAUAUUUCCGAAUUCUUGUUCUCCAGUAUAUUACUAAAAGUAAUAUUUAACGAAUCAUGUCAAAUGCUUACGCAGUUAUUGCUGGGGUCGGCCCUGGAACUGGACGGUCUAUCGCAACAAGAUUCGCAAAAGCGUAUCCUGUGGUCCUCCUUGCUCGUAGUGGUGAAAGCUACGAUAGCGUCGUUGCAGAAAUCAAUAAUACCGGUGGACAAGCGAUCGGAAUCGCAACCGACGCAACAGAUAGGUCCUCUCUCGACGCUGCCUUUGAGAAAAUAAGCAAGGAACUGUUUCCAGGCCGAUAUCUCGCAGCCGCCAUAUACAAUGUCCGUCCAAAUGGCCGGCCAAGUCUCAAACCCUUCUUGGAUCUUACUCUGGAAGAGCUCGAUAGCAGUUUAAACGGGAAUAUUCGUGGAUUUUUUCAUUUCGCUCAAAGAGUGGUGCCUCUUUUAGCUGAUGCGGUAAAAAUUUCAAACCAUCCACCAACCCUAAUAGUUACUGGUGCCACAGCAUCCACCAGAGGAGGAGCACGCUUUGGAGAUAUUGCAGCUGGAAAGAAUGGCCAACGAGCCUUGACUCAGACGGUGGCCAGAGAGUUUUCGCCGGUCGGCGUGCAUGUAGCACACAUCAUUAUUGAUGGCGCUAUUGAUAUACCAGGACGGGAAAACAUCUAUAAUCAUGGGCCGGACAGCAAAAUAAGCCCCGAUGCAAUCGCAGAAAGCUCCUGGCAUUUACAUACGCAACCUAGAUCAGCAUUUACGCACGAGUUGGAUAUCCGGCCUUACAUUGGGAGGUUUUAACAGUGCUGCUAUGACUCCAGAAUCUUGGCUAUAGGUAGCUAAAACAAAAUGAAAGCUUUGCUGGACGAGGAGAAGGGGUAUUAUGCAACCCAUGUGCGCGGUAGCAAAUGAAGGUUUGAAGACAUCAAUAAUGUUCAUUAAUUCUAAUAUCAGGAGACCAUUGAUCCAUUAGUCUAUUCGAUUAGUAUCUGUAUCAAUUUCUCAAGAUCGAUAUUUGCUGGCAUGAUCCAAACCGAUAUUUAAAAUACCCAGAUGCUGUAAUAAUCCAAUAGCUAUUGAUAACCCCAAAUAUCGUCAGUCGAUUUAUUUGGGUAAUAUCAGAAUAUAUUUAGCUUGAUUA